UUUUCAUGCUAUAUAUGAGUGAGAACUAAGCAUGAAAAAAACUACUUCAAUUCAUUUCCUCUGCCAAGUUUCAAAAUGCUUUUGAGCUUGCAAAACACCAUGAAAAUGGGCUUCAUAACACUCAUAACAUUUCUACUUUUCAUAAUGCCUGCACACUCUUCCUCCAAAUAUGUUGGAAACAACAUGCUCACAAAUCGAAAGAUUUUCCUCAAACAAGAAGCCUUAACCUCUUACGCUGUCAUCUUUGACGCUGGUAGUACUGGCACUCGAGUCCAUGUUUACCAUUUUGACCAAAACUUAAACCUCCUUCACAUUGGCAAUGAUAUUGAGUUUGUUAACAAGGUCACUCCAGGUUUGAGUGCAUACGCUGCUAAUCCUGGAAAAGCAGCAAAAUCUAUUAUUCCACUUCUAGAAGAAGCUGAAAGUGUGGUUCCUGAAGAUCUGCACACAAAAACACCUCUUAAACUUGGGGCAACUGCAGGUUUAAGGCUCUUGGAUGGAGAUUCUGCUGAAAAGAUAUUACAAUCGGUGAGAGACAUGUUCAACAACAGAAGUGCCCUCAAUGUUCAACCUGAUGCUGUUUCUCUUAUAGAUGGAACCCAAGAAGGUUCUUAUAUGUGGGUGACAGUUAACUAUGUAUUAGGAAAUUUGGGAAAAAGCUUUGCAAAAACAGUUGGAGUAAUAGAUCUUGGAGGUGGUUCACUUCAAAUGACAUAUGCAGUGUCAAAGGAAACAGCUAAAAAUGCUCCACAAGUUGCAGAUGGUGAAGAUCCAUACAUCAAGAAAAUUGUACUCAAUGGAAAGCAAUAUGAUCUCUAUGUUCAUAGUUACCUAGGGUUUGGUAAAGAAGCAACUAGAGCACAGGUUUUGAAUGUCACUUUUGGAUCUGCUAACCCUUGCAUCUUACCUGGAUUUAAUGGAAUCUUUAAAUAUUCAGGAGUGGAGUAUAAGGCUUUUGCCCCAACUUAUGGCGCCAACUUCGACGAAUGCAAAGAGAUAAUUCUUAAGGUUCUUAGAUUGAAUGAUCCAUGUCCUUCUUCAAGUUGCUCUUUUAGAGGAAUAUGGAAUGGUGGAGGAGGAAGUGGCCAGAAAAAUCUUUUUGCUGCUUCAGCUUUCUCAUACCUAACUAAAGAUGUUGGUUUGGCUGACCCAACUAAACCUAAUUCCAAAAUUCUUCCGGGAGAUCUCGAAACCGAAGCUAAAAGAGCUUGUGCAUUAAACUUAGAGGAUGUGAAAUCGAUUUAUCCACGUCUUACCGUUGAAAAGCAUCCAUAUGUAUGCUUGGAUCUUUUAUACCAGCAUGUGUUACUCGUCAAAGGAUUUGGGUUGGAUGCACAACAAGAGAUUACAAUGGGGACUGGAAUUCAGUAUCAGAAUUCUGUGGUUGAAGCUGCAUGGCCUCUAGGUACUGCAGUGGAAGCUAUAUCAGCAUUGCCUAAGUUUGAGAGAUUAAUGUAUUUCAUUUAGGUUUCUAGACAACCUCGUAUGUUUCAAGUAGUUAGUUCAAUGCUAAAAACUAACGUUAUCUAAAAUUAAAUAAAAUUGGUGGGUUUUGU